UUCCUCUCCUCUGGCUUUUCUUCCUUCCUUCCUUGGGCCGGGCUCACCUGGCGCGUCCGGCGGCGAGGAAGGAGUUAACCAGGUGGCUCCAUCCGUCCGGGGAAGGGCCGCACCCGCUCCGGCUGCAGACGAGCCGAUGAGUCAGUUUCACCUGAAACUCUCCGGCAGGUAAGGAAGGGGACGCACUGGGAGACACAAAGAGAGAGACACGAAAGGAGGAAGUCCACAGAAAGAGGAAGAAGAAAGGAACCCCGACGCAUUUCUACAGCUGCGGUGGGCGAACCUCGCACUCUUGUCAACUCCACUGCGUAUAGCAGGCAGGCAAGCCACUGGUUUUGGGGGCGAAUCAUCAGAAAACACGCCUGAAUUUAAUUUACAUUUUUUGUGGGAAAGUUUGGAGAGUUUUGUUUCCUUAAAAACUUGACUCAAAAGCGGACGGAGGAAAAAGAAGGUCCCCAAACUCUCCCUUUGCGCUUCCUUUCACCCUCGGAAGGAGGUCUCCUCUGCCUCGAGGCCAUGGCUGGCAGUCUUCGGGGCCUCCUGGCGGGGCUCCUGGUGGCCGGGCUGUCCCUGGGCCAGGAGGAAGCGGCGCCGGAGGGCCCCGGGGGCCUCUCCUUCGGGGAGAAGUGCCUGGCCCACUUCACGGCCGGCUUGCGCGAGUUCGUGCUGGACCCCGACGCCUCGGUGCAGAACGGGGCCACCUUCCUGGGCUCCCCGCCGCUGGAGAGGGCCCGCGACUGCGUCCGAGAGUGCUGCAAGCACCCGCACUGCAACCUGGCCCUGGUGGAGGAGCAGCCCGGGCAGGAGGAGCAAGAUGGCAUCCGGAGCUGCUUCCUCCUCGACUGCCUCUACGACCAAGCCUUCGUCUGCAAGUUCGCCAGGAAGGUCGGCUUCCUCAACUACGUCAAGCGGGAGGUCUACGACGCCUAUGUGGCCAUGAGGGAGCAAGGCACCAGCGCGGACGAUCGGCCGCCUGUGGCCCGUGCUUGGAUGGACAUGAAAGUGCAGCCUAAUGAACCUGUGACACUGAAGGGUACAGAAAGCUAUGAUGACUUUGGAAUUGUGAAUUACGAAUGGAAGCGUCUCUCUGGUGAUGAAUCAGUGGAGAUGGAGCCACAGAAUGACCACAUGGUACUCACCAAUCUUCAGGAAGGAGUUUACAUGUUCCAGUUGACUGUGAAAGAUACUUCUGGACAACAGGAUUCAACAGACAUCACUGUCACUGUCCUGAAUCCUGAACAGACUAUAGAGCACUGUUUGACUCCUUAUAAGGUGGGUCGGUGUCGCGGUUCAUUCCCUCGCUGGUAUUACAAUCCAGCAACCCAGGAGUGUCAGACGUUUAUCUUUGGGGGCUGCAGGCCUAACAAGAACAAUUACCUGAGAGAAGAGGAGUGUAAACUUGCUUGCAAGAAUGUCCAAGGAGCUAUAGAAAAACGGCAAGAACCAGUGUGCAAUCAAAACUGCCGGCCCUUCGAUUUCCAAUGUAGUGAGGACUGCUGCAUCGAUGGCUUCCUGGAAUGUGAUGAAACAGCAGAUUGCCCAGAUGGAUCAGAUGAGAAGUUCUGUGAUUCGUAUAUUCAAGGAUUCAACAAACUACGCAGGAUCAAUGUUACUUCCAGCCAGGCUCACUGUGUGGAUAUGCCAGAGACGGGAUCGUGUGAAGAUAGUAUACUUCGUUGGUAUUACAACCCAUUUACUGAAGCAUGUGAUCGUUUCACUUAUGGAGGCUGUGACGGCAACAAGAAUAACUUUGAAAAUGAGGAGGCAUGCAUGAAAUCCUGUGAGGGUGUCACAAAGGCUGAUUUGAUUGGCCGGAGAUGGAGCAGCUAUGAAUAUCAGCACUCAGGUUUAAGCUCUUUCGAAGUGGCCAUUGCAGUGCUACUUUGUGUGUGCAUCCUGAUAGUACUUGCAAUUCUUAGCUACUUCUUCCUGAAGAACAGAAAAUCAUACCGACGGCGACGCCAGCCAUCUACGGCAGCCAACUCCACACUUUCUUCUGUUCUCUCCACUACAGAGGACACGGAGCAUCUGGUCUACAACAGCACCACAAAGCCCAUUUGAUUCUGAAGAGCUGCCCAUCACAAUUGGGAGUGGAGACAACUGUAUUAGUUUUGGUGAUACAAGUCAUAUCAGUUAUCUUGGAUUUGUGACAACUGUUGCAGAAGAGUAAUGACAAAAUUAUUCUCUUCACCUUUCCCAUUCUGAGCAUAUACUAAUGACCGUUCAUUGGUGUUUUUCUUAGUUUUUCAAAGGGAGGGGAAAUUGCUUGAAAUAUAAGGACUUUCUGUAGUUAUUGAAGGAACCAUGGUUUGAUUUUCCAUGGAUUUUCUAUUGUCCCACAAAUCUAUUGAAGUCUACAUUUCUUUGUUUUUCGUUAUAUAAAUGUUGACUCUUCUCAUAAAGCAGUGAUCUUAAAUUAAAGAACAAAGUGGUUCAAGCAAGUGAUACCUCUUGAGUAGCUUCAUCCAUGUGAGCUUGCACAUGGCAGUCAAACAUUUGAGAUUGUCCUAGUUUUUCUACUGCCUAUAGUGGCAAACGAAUGCACCUUAAAUACCAAGCUUCUCAGUUAUGAAAUAAUGACACAGUGGAAUAAAUAGAACAUUAUAUUAUGAUCAUUGGGUUUAACUUUAGUUUUAACCCACGAAGCAUUUCCACAAAUUAUUGGGAAUUAGGAUUUGCGUCUGUUCUCUUCUUCAUUGUGCUAUUCCCCGUUCUACCUCUACCACCAAAAUUGCGUUUCUGCUUUUGAAGUUAAAUAAGUAGUAGUUUAGUGGCCUGAGUGUUGCAACUGUAUGUAUUUAUUUUUAGAACCAAAAUGUGACUGUAAAAAUAAUGUUCUAUUAUUCUCAGCUUUUCUAUGAAUGUACAGUGAAUCUUGUAGAAUUGUAACUUCCUUGCUGCCCUCAACUAUGUAAAAUCCAACAUAUCCUUUUAUUAAUGUAAUGCUAUGUCAGAAUUUCUCUACAAAAGUCAGUUUUCAAAAGAAUUUCGGAAGGAAGGACCCAUGAAACUGUUUCUUAGGAGCAAUAUAAAGGAAGUAAAAACCAAGCCCAAAAUUAACAGGGAUGAACUAAAAGAAGAGCAUAUUUCCAGCUUCCCCAUUAUGAUCAGUCCUCAAUAUUAGUACAAAGAAUGUAAGAAGCUGUGUGUGUAAGCAUUUUUCUGUCUUGACACUGCAGAUCCCACAGAAAUUUCUUUUCCCCUUCCACUGCCUGGGUUUGAUUGAGUCUUGUGGUAACUUCCCUCCAGCCUCUUCCACCAGUGUCCUGCUCACACAGGCCCAAACAUAUGGAUGUAGGGGCUGCUUCAGGCAUGUGGUGGGCCCAUAUGGAAUGUAUAUUUAUCAGAUGUCUAACAGGAAGCUUGCACAAGGAUAUAUCAAAUGCUGGUACUCCGUUAGAGUUCAGAAAAUAUAUGUUUGGACUGUAGUUCCCAGAAUGCUCUGGUUAGUAUAGCCAAUUGGCUGACAGAUUCUGGAAAUUAUACCAAAAAAAUGUUUGUUUUUUUCCUGAACACUGGGUGCUCUACAUAACCCAGACAUUUAUUUUGUCCCCUCACCCUACGCUUAUCCUAGACUCAUGUGGUAACUUCCAGGUUCUUGUGGAAAGGUUCCUAUGUGACUGCUGAACUGUCUUGAUGACCACAUGGAUGCUCUUUUUAAGGUUGGGAGGUUGCCCAUGGCUAGCUUCUAUUUGCAGCAGUGGCUGCUAGGGUUCUAUUUUCAUUGCUGUCAGAGUUGUAUGAAUGGACUUGCCUUUAAUGAUGCUUUUGAAACUGGACCAGAUGGAAGGUUUUCCUCUGAAGUCAAUGCAAAGCCUUAUCUGAAUGGAAAUGUACAUAGCUCUAUCUGCUUUGGAAAUUCUCUCCAUUACAAAGGUAAGAGGGACAGAGCAGAAAAUGCUUCUGUAUUUCACCCUUUUGAGGUGGCUGUAUGUGAUUUUAUUUUGUGUGUGCGCAUGUGUAUAUAUAUAUAUAUCUCGUAUAUAAGGAUUUUUUACUUGGAUGUAAAUCAUUACUGGUUGGGUUUAACAGCUACCAUCUGUUUGCAAGGUCCAGAUAUCUAAUUGUGGAACUGCCAAAGUGAACUCAGAGAAGUGGCAAAAUGGAGUGAGGAAGGUAAUAGUGAAAUUUGCAACUGUGCCUUUAAAUUGUGCCUAAAACUGGCAGAUUAUUUUAUGUAUCUUGUUUGUUUUACCCUUCUGCCCCCUCCCAAAUCCUUCAUUGCUCUCUGAGCCCUCAAAGUCUAGAUUUCUUUCCUUCAGUAAAUUUUAAUAAAAUAUGUUCUUUGUACCUAA